GUUAUCAAUUCGAAGUGAAUUGCUUUUCAUUAGAAAAGACCUUCAUUCAUUCAUUUUGUUUACAGAAUAAUUUUCGCUUAUAUAGAAAAAUAGUAUAUUUUCCAGUAUUUUAUUUUCAUAGGAUGAAAAGACGACAAAAUACAGCCACUAUUGGAAGCAAUAAGCAAAACGUCCAGUGAAAGCAGCCUACUCAUUCCAGGAAUUAUUUGGUACAUAAAGUGAUUUAAAAUAAACCGUGAAUUUUCGUGCAGUGAACUUAAAAUUCGGAUUGUUUAUUUUAUAAAUAUAGAGCAAUAUCACACAAAUAUGGAACCGGUGAACUACAAACAAAUUGACGAAGCCAUGAGUAAAUGGGCCCAGGAAAUGAGACAAAGUAAUGUUAUUAUAACAGCUACAAUGGCGCAGGAGAAAGCUCAGGAAAUUGCAAGGGCAUUAGGACAAGACUUCACUCCCUCAGCUGAUUGGCUGUUCAAGUGGAAGGAACGAGAAAAUCCUCAAUUUGGGAGGCGACCGAUGGCUUCGGAACAAAUGGAAACUUCGUAUGGGAAUGAUGAUAUUUUAAAAGGGUUGCUUGUAAGAACUGAUAUGCAACAGGAAAACAGUCAAAUGCCAACAAAUAAGUCCGAUUCCGAAUUACAAAAUCCAAUUGAUUUACCAAGAUACAAUACUGAAGGCCACGGACACUACUCAAUGGACUAUAGCAGCAGAGACCUUAGUAAAUGUGAAAUGCAACAAUCAACGACAUUCCCCGACGCUUCACCUCCUUCUUCGGCUAAAAAAGUUCCAUAUAGCUAUGAACCAGUGUAUGUCCUUACCAGAACUGGAAGAUAUCGUAAGGAAAAGACAUUUCUUACAUUACUGCAGAAGCUGGAAAUCCUACAGCGCAUAAAAAAUGGUGAAAAGAGGAACGACUUAAUUAACGAAUACCGGCUUUCACAAUCAGCGAUGUCACAAAUUGUAGCUGAUGAGAAGAAGAUACUCAAAUUGGCUGCUAUUGGCCAAAACCUGCAAAUGAAACGUAUACGGGGCGGCAUUUUCAAGGGUGGGGAAGCUGAACUCAACACUUGGGUUUUAAAAAAAAUUGAUGAUGGCGAAACCCUUACCCGUUCCCAAAUAAAAAAUAAGGCUAGAGAGAUUGCAGAGCGUUUGAACAUCGAUUUUAAAGCAUCUACCGGUUGGUUGGAAAAGUGGAAAGUUCGCAUGAACAUGGACUUUAAUGAAAAUCAUGUAUUGCAACGCAAGGUACCAUUGUAUAUACCAAACCAAGAGGAGGAGGAACCAUAUAUGACAAAUGAGGCUCACAUUCCAGAGACAUGUUAUGGCACUGAUGACGAUGAACAAAUGGAUGACGAGUACGAUCAAAGCAAACAAGACAGCAAUCUUUCAUAUGAUCAAAAUGAUCACUCUUUGGACAUAAAACCUUUGAUUAGUGGUCAAGGUCACAUGUUGGAUGCAACCGAAGUAGAACCUGAAGAUAUAAAACCUAUUAUAAAUUCUACACUGCAUCAUAAGACAGUUCCUGAACGACAACCACAGAGUUCUACGCCACCACCCGCCGCCCCAACACAAACACUGCACCAGAAAGUACUAAAUUGGCUCAGCAAGCAUAACAUUGGUCCAACAGCAUCAAUAGAACUACUGACUAUUUUGCAUCCCAUUAUCACAGAGGCAUGCAACUCCGGCAAAUAAGAUUAGUCCGAAAAUUUGUUCUCAAAAUACAUGUAGAAUCAUCGACGACCACUUAAUUUAGUUAAUUUUACUGUACUUUAUAUUAAAGUAAUCAUAAAUUAUAUUAUUGUUUAUAGAUUAAGAAACAACCAAAAAAUAAAUUAUCUUUAAUAUUUCAA